AUGGAAGCUGACCACAGCACAAUAGCUGAACUGGCAGAACAGCCCGUGAUGGAGCAGGAGCUGGCACAGGAGCAGCAGACAUCACAGCCUUCAGCUGCUACUCAGGAGUCUUGCAACAUGUGGCAUGGGAACCUGGAAUCCAUUCCAGCAUGGGUGAAUUGUGACAUUGAAAAGGCACAGUGGACAAUUGGAAAACUGCACUGUCCGUUCUGUGAGGCCUGCUUAGGGGGCUUUGUUUGCAACACAAAAUGUUCCUGUGGACAGUUAGUAAACAUACAUUUCUGCAAAAGUCGGACUGACUGUCAGCCAGCUUUCUCUAUUAAAUUGGCAAAAUCACCAGGAAAACACUUACCUUGCCUCAAAAUCCAGUCUGGUUUUAGCAAGGAUACCUUUCGUGAAGCGGGAACUGCAACUUUGGAAAUCAAAAAUCAAGGUCUUUCAUACAUGACCAGAAAUAAUAAUGGUACUGAAAGAUUAACAGAAGCACUUUCUCUAGAAGUAAGAGCUCCUGGAUUUGAGGUGGAAAGUGAAAAACUUCCCUUAAAGGCAUUAAAUAAAAAAAGAAAUCUUUCUGCUUCCUGUCCUGUGAAUGAUGCAUGCACUGUAAAACAUUUUCACAGAAGAUCACGUAGUUUGGAUUUAAAUAUCAGAGAGACACUUGUUUUGUCACCUGCGUUAUAUGAAGCUUGCAGUAUGGAAACAAUUUACCGUAGCCGAAAUGAAAAUCCACCUAUUGACACAAGCAGUGACUUGCAAUUGGAGUCUGGUAGGAAAGAUGGUAGUUCUUUUCAGGACCUAUGUGGUUUCAGUGCUGACAAACUACUGAAAAGGUUUCGAGUUGCUUCCUUUUCCACAUUAGUACACAGAGAAGCAGAAAGUGAGUGUGAUUUUGAAGCUACUGGACAAUCUUCUGGGAGUAACGUUGCUGAUGGGUCACCUUUUGUAAUGAACCUUUCUUCACCUACGAGUGCUGUAGAAGAGGAACAGUACAUCACAGCUGUUGGUCUUGUGCAGCCUAUCAGUAUUUCAUUCCACCAAAAGCUGAGUAAGAGAGAAAGAAACAAGUUGAAAAGCUUAAGGAGAAAACAAAGAAGGGGAGAAUGGUGGCUACAGAAGCAAGUAGGUGUUUAAAGUUAGUUAGGUUUAAGUGAUCAUAUUUCAAUCUUUGUGUAUCUCAUUUUAUUCUGCAUAUACAGUGAGGAGAGCUUGCAUUACUUUUGCUAA